AUGAAUGAAAAUCCGUAUGGAAAUAAUUUUUAUAACUUUAAACGUUGGCAGUAAAUAACACAUUUACAAGUUGAAAUAACUUCUGGUUCCUGAAGAGUUUCUCCAGAUGUUUAAAUGAAACUUGCAUCGAAUAUCUUUUUCUGCGUUAAACGUCCUCCAUUCUAGGUCAAUUAUAUUAAAAUUCAGUUCUCUUUGUGUAAAAGAAAUUUCUUGAUUAAUGAUAUUAGAGUGUCCGAUUAUUGAGUUGGGACUAUUGAGUCGAAUCUUUCGUCAAAUUCUGAUAGUAAUGUUUGUUAAUAUUAACGUAGUUAAUUAUCAACGCGAGAGAUUUGGAAUAAUACAAACCCGAUGUAUUACUAAACUAUGACAAUAUUGUUGUUGCUCGAUAUGAGAUGAUAAUGAAUUAAAUUAUUUAAAUGCUUGUUACAUAUUCAUAAUCUUCUACAUAUUGCACAAUAAUUUAAAUAACUAGUAACAAUUUACCAUUGAUUUAACAUGUGCUGGAUUGACAAAGUAAUUUCUCCUUCGUAUGAAAAUUCCUAAAUCAAACUUACCGUGUUAUUUAUUCUUCUUUCAAGCUAUUCUAAACGAAAGUUCUUUAUAUCAAUAAAUUCUUUAUAUUACAUUGUAUUUACAAUUUAUUAAUAAACUUAAACCUUACUAAUAAUAUUAAUUUAAUUACACAGGAUGGUACCUUCCAUACUUUGUUCAUAAUUUUUAUACAGUGUUAUAAUAUGGUUGUAAUAAUUUAAAAACGGUGUUGCAAUAUGGUUGUAAUAUGAAACACGAUCCAGAUUUGGACGACCGAUAGUUGAUUUAAUAACUAUAACCUAUAUACAAAAUUAAUGGCGAUCUGAAGAUAAUUCUAUUUCGAUGGUAGGUGUUACAUAACCCUCACCACCGCUCUUCACUUGCAUCGUGGUGGUAGUCCCAAGGGACCGGCUGGUACCGGGAAAACCGAGACAGUGAAGGAUCUAGGGAAAGCACUGGGAUUCAAUGUGAUCGUGCAAAACUGCUCCGAAGGGCUCGAUUACAAAAGCAUGGGCAGAUUGUUCUCUGGACUGGCGCAGACCGGUGCAUGGGGUUGCUUCGAUGAAUUUAACCGUAUAAACGUCGAGGUGUUAUCGGUAGUGGCGCAGCAGAUACUGUCGAUUCUCACCGCGGUCUCGCAGAGGCUCACCAGAUUCGUAUUCGAGGGCAUUGAAAUAUUGCUGGUGCACACCUGCGGCAUCUUCAUCACGAUGAAUCCGGGUUACGCGGGUCGCACCGAACUUCCCGAUAAUCUGAAAUCCAUGUUCAGGCCAAUCUCGAUGAUGGUGCCGGACAGCAGCAUGAUCGCCGAGAUCAAUUUGUUCUGCGAGGGAUUCGAACAGACGCGAAUCCUCGCCAGAAAGGUUUUCACGUUGUACACGUUGGCACAGCAACAGUUAAGCAAGCAGUAUCAUUAUGACUUUGGAUUGAGGGGAAUAGUGACUUUGACGAGGUACGCAGGGAGGAAGAAGAGACUUUAUCCGAAACUUCCGGACGAGGAAGUGAGUUAUGCUUGCUCUGUUUUUAACGAAUAAUAUAUGUAAUUCAAAUAUAAUAUAUAGUUUCAACGAUAAUUUAAAUGUACAGAUAUUAGGUUCUGUAGAAACUUGCGGAUUUGAAAGAGGAUUAUUUAUUAUAAAUUUCUGA